AUGUCGUUCCUCAACGAAUUUAAACCAUUUUUGGAAAAUAUCGCGAAACCCGAGAAUUUUCUAUUAUUAUCAGAAAAGAAACAAAAGAAAUUCUCCUCAGAAGCUCUUCGAGUCACAAAAGCAUUAUAUAAUUUAGUGUUGAAAUUUGGAAAAUUUAAUAAUGAACAAAUUUGGAACGAGCUUAAUAUGAAAAAUGAGAGAUUUUUGGAAUAUGUGAACGAAGAAUUAGAUGAUCUUGAUGAAUUGGUUGGUGAUGAUCAAAAAGAAGAAGUAGAAGAAGAAGAAGUAGAUGAUGAUGAUGGUGAAGAUAAAGGAAAUAAUCAUUUAAAUGUUAUUGUUCGUGAUUUAUUUGCUCAAGAUGAAAGUGAUAAAGAUGAAAAAGCAAAAUCUACAUUUGAAAAGAAACAAGAAAGAAUAAAAAAACAAAUUGAAAGAAUAGAAAUGGAAAAUAUUGCGGACAAAGAUUGGACACUUAUGGGAGAGGCAUCAAGUAAAAAUAGACCUUUUAACAGUUUAUUGGAAGAAGAUUUUGAAUUUGAUCACAUUGAUAAGCCAGUCCCUGUAGUAACCGAGGAACUUACAGAAAAACUUGAAGAGACGAUCAAACGGAGAAUAUUGGAUGAAACAUUUGAUGAUGUAGAACGUAAACGUGAUCCCAAUUUUAAACCUUUUUUACCUUCAAAAUUAGUUGAAAUAUCAGAUGAAAAAUCAAAGAAAUCUUUGGCGGAAAUUUAUGAAGAAGAUUACAUUAGACUAACGAAGACGACAACAGAAUCGGGAGAAGUGAUUAAUGAAAAAGAUGAAGCAUUAAAAAAAGAACAUCAAGAAUUGGAAAAUAUGUUUAAGGAUUUAUGUUUCAAGUUAGAUGCCUUAAGUAAUUUUCAUUAUACACCGAAGCCGCCUAAACCUGAAAUCAAUGUUAUUACAAAUGUGCCAGCUAUCGCUAUGGAAGAAGUAAUACCAAUUAAUGUUAGCGAUGCGACCUUAUUAGCACCUGAAGAAGUAUAUGAUAAGAAAAAAGGAGAAGGUGAUACUGAAAUGAAUUCAAAUGAUAAGAAACAAUUACAUGCCAAGAAAAAACGAUUAAAGAAGAAAGAGAAGGCUAUGAGAGAACGUGAGAUAAAAGUAAUUGAAAAGAUGAAUCCUGGAUUAGGAAACAAGCACUCCAAGAAAAAAAUGUUAGAUACAUUAAUAGGUCAAAAGGUAGAUAUUUUCAUCUAA